AUGCCUCAAGUUCAAAGAAAAACCAUUUUUAUUACCGGUGCCUCAGGCUAUAUCGGUUCCAAGAUCACCGAGCUGGUCAUUGCAGACGGGUUCAUCGUUCGAGGGCUGUCUCGGUCCGAAAAAAACGACGACAAGCUUCGUGCCAUUGGUGCCGAACCUGUACGCGGCUCCAUUGACUCCUUUGACGUGCUAACCGUCGAAAGUGCCAAUGCCGACAUUGUCAUCCAUUUAGUCGACACGUGGAUUGCGCACUUCAACGAGGACUAUUCUGCUGUUGUGCGAGACAAUAACCUUGCCAUUGAUGCCAUCGUCAAAGGCAUCCAGGGAACAAUGAAACCGCUCAUUGUAGCAUCGGGGUCCGCGAUAGUCAAGCCAGAUCCGGAGCAUAACGAGACUGAUGAGACGAGUCCACUCAAUAUCGACGGGAUCAAUCGCCGAUACGAGAGCGAGCAAUACGCCCUCGACCAAGAAAGCAAGGGCGUUCGUGUUUAUUCGAUCCGCUUGGCACCUUAUGUUUAUGGCCAUGGUGGCAGUGGUAUUGCACUCUUCAUGCAGCUGGCCCUGCAGAGGGGCACAAGCGUAUACGUUGGCGAUGGAUUAAGGCGGACCUCUACUGUCCACGUCAACGACGCUGCACACUUAUUCCUGCUGGUGGGCGAUUUGGCAAAGGCGAUGGCGGAGGCGCUUGGAAUUCCGGUCAAGUCCGUGACAGAAGAGGAAGCUAUUGCGCAACUGGGACCAGCUUUGGGCAAAUUCAUCAGUCUUGAGAAUAUAGCCUCUAGUGCAAAAGCAGUGAGGGAGUUGGGCUGGAAGACAAAGGAAGUUGGAGUCCUUGAGGACAUAGCUGCUGGCUCCUAUGUCGCUGUUGCUGAGAGCCUCAAGAGCAGCUCUUCGUAG